GUCAAAGUUUGCAAGGAUCCCUCUCCCCUGGCCGCAUUGCGUUCGAGGGCGUUUGAGAGUGAACAAAUUGGACGACGUCCCGGCGAGACGGUUUCAGUCAAGGACCAUGAAGGCAGCCGUCUUGGAAUGUGGCGGUAGCGUCCGCGUGCGGUCUCUGAGCGGCAUGGAUGCACGAGAAGGCCGGCGACUGAUUAGCCUGGCAAAGGAGAAGCCCAAAGAGGCGCUGGAUGAGUGGCCAGAGGCGAAGCAACAGGUGAAUGAGAUUUCAAUGAGUGAAACCUGUGCAUGGAGGACAAGUGAAUGGCAUUCAUGUACCUCUAUUCCUGCAGGCGCUGUGCUAUCACCUGUUGGAUGUGUUGCGCGACGACGGCCCAUCGAUGUCAUUCAGCCGCAGUGAAGAGCGCCUGCCCAAGCCCACAGACACGUCGGACACCACCAGUCCUGCUCCACUAAGACUUUGCCUGCGGGAUUUGUGGCCGGUGGUGCUCCGCUGCCUGGGGAGGCCGCCCACACACAUGAGUGAGUCGUCAUCGAUGGCCACAGUGGCCGUCAAGCUCUUGCAGAGGUGCGGUGCGUGCACACGACGUUGAUUUAAGUACAUUCAUUCGUGGUGUUGUCGUUUCAUUCAUCAGGGACUCGGGAUUCCUCCCCGCCCUGCUGUCGACAUACCAUCGGACGUCGUCCCCCGUCAUUUUCAUGGCGCUCAAGACACUGACCGACGAGGGCCACAUACAGGUAGGUAGGUAUGGACAGAGAGGCUCUCUCAGUGCAGUGGGACGGGUUGUCUCCCGUGUGGUGUGCAUACCAUAACAUACAUGCAGGCCUUCCUGUCGAUGUACUGUGCGGAGCUCCUUAAGGCCCACCCAAAGGCCAACGCGCGGGAUCUUGGCAGUGGCCCACUGCCCUUCCUGCGUGUGGUGCCUUCAAUCACAAAUGCUAUCGUACGUGGAAGGAGAGGAGCCGCUCAGCACAACACGUUUGGCAUGCGUUUCGCGAUUGAACCACUCAGGAAUGUCAACCGUCGCUUGAGUUUCCCACUACGGUGCUGCACCACAUCGCCCAAAUGAUGCUGCUGAAGGAUGGUGAUGGCCCGCAGCCCCCCUCAUCGUGUGGCGAGGGCCUCUCACAGCAGCUCGGUGCUCUACAUGCACUCACUCUCCUGCUCCGGUACGUACAGGGGCACACCGAAAGAAAGGGGAGCCACAGCUUUUUUAUUUCUAUGUAUGUGUGCCGCCGCUCUGUGCUCGCGAAGGUCACUGUGUCGUUGCCUGAGCCGCGUUAGUGCUGCCGCGUCCUUGUCGCCCGUCGAGCAAUCACACCUGAACGUAUGAAUGCCGCUCGGCUAUGUUGUCAGACACGGCACCAGACGUCAGUGUUCCGUCUUCUUCUUGUCUCAGGCCUGGAAUUCGUUAUGUCCCCUCGUCCCUUCCCUCAUCGCCGCCCUCGUUGAUCUGAUGCCUGUGCUUCAUCCCUUGACCCCACAGACCCCGCAGAGCGGCCCUUUCACCCUGGCUGAGUCAGACGAACAGCCACCGUCACCAUCGACGGCCAUGGCAGCAGCGAAGAAGGUGGUCCCGGAGAUUUCUUUGACUUUGACGUCACCCGUGGCCCUGUUCGUGUCAUCCUUGUACGCCCUACACCCAUGGCCGACGCUUGAAGCGGUCCGCAGCAGUCCCUUAUCUACCGCUGUCAGGGAGGCCGUCACCGGCAUGCUGACACAGUGGCGCUUCCACGGCAACCUAAUUCUCGGAUAUGUCGACGUUGCAAAGGACACCAAGAAGGGAUCGGCGGAAUGGGACGCCACCUCCCCCGACGUCCGCGAGCUGGCCUCAUUCUGUGGUGACUUUGUCAAAACACUGGAUGACUUCUUCUGCCUCCGACCCGAAGCCGCUCAAGAGUCCACACCCUCCACCCCGGUCAAGCGGGACCCCACCCCUCCCUCGCCCCCAUCCAGCCAGCAGCCCACUUCCUGCGCGUCACCUCUGCUUGGCUUGAUGGACUGGACCAGCUGGUUCUCGCCAAGGGGCGGUGUGUCUCCCAUGAGGACCCGUGCAAGAGCGACCAAUCGACGUCAGCUGCGGCACGGUGCCACGCCCUGGCUGCUCGACACAGAGGCCAUGGGUCAGAGCCUGAGCAUGACACCACCAGCAGCUGUCGAGCGGGAUCGACUGGUGGAGAGAAGGGAGUGUCCGGUCCUGUUUCUGGCCGAGAGUUGCUGUGCUGCGGCUCCGGGAGGGUUCGACGAGCACGAGAUCCGGAUUACCAGUGACGUGCAUGAGCCGCGGCCACGUGUGCAGAGCCUGCCGUCGGCCAAUCCCCCUCAUGUCGAGGUGGCGGUCAAGUCCGCUUCGGCCCCUGACCUCUCAAUCGAGCCGUCUGCCACCGCAAGUGCAAGACGGGACGUGGCUGAGCGUCGUGCAUCGGCUGCUGCGCUCGCCCUGCACGCCCCCCUACCACCGCCAGUGUCCGAUGGACGGUCAGUGAACCGCUUACAAUCAGAGUCGGCCAUGUCUGCCGUGACAGCUAUCUACCGGGACAGUUCGACGCCCCCGCCACGUCCAGCCGACAACGAGAACGCAAUGGAGGCUGUUUGUCGCGAGAUGUCCCCGGAUGGCCAUCGCAACAGCGACAAGAGCGAGUGGGUGCUGGAGCUGGAGACUGACAACGUGGAAGCAGCCCGCGUGGACUUCGACUCUCCAGAGUGGAAGGUCACUUCUGUCGUCGGACAGGAGGAGCAGGGACCGAGGCGCCAACCCACACCGAGGCGACCCCUGCCGCUUCUGACGCCGUCCUUCGGGCUGCCGGUCGUGUCGACCGUCCCGCCCCUCACAACAGCCUCAACCGCGCCUCUCACCCUGCACCCCAUGCCGCCCUUCUCAAUGGGCCUCCAGCCGUCCAUGGCUCCCUUCAUCCAGCCAUCCCCGCCAUCACCCUCGUCCCCCCGUCCACCGGCAUCAUCGCCGUCAUCCGACUCCCAUCUGCGGCCGCCUAGUGCCGGCACCGGCCGUGAGGUGAGGCGCCGGGGCGUGCGGUCGGGUGUGCGGACGAGCAGCCAGGAGUCGAUCAGCAGCCGUGGGAGCAUGGUGGAAGGGGAGGACGCUACUGCCGCGGCUGCAGGGGCUGUGGGUGCGGCAGAGGGCAUUUCGGAUCAGCAGCCAGACCAGCAGCCCUCUGUGACCGACUUCUUCACCAUGGCGAGGCGAGCGGCGGCACAGAAGGCCGCCACGCCUCCCACUCAGGCAGCAGGAAUGUCACUGACUGGGAUUAGGGCCUCAGUGUCCAGCUACGGAUCAUUCGGGUCAUUGCCGCUCCGUGGAGCCGCUGUGGCAUUUCAGCCAGUAUCGCCGCUGCUGAGGCCAUCGUCAUCAUCCCAGGCUGAUUCGUCGGUGGCUACGCGAGGGAGAGUGAACGAGACGCGGACGUACCAGCUGGUGGAUGACGAGUCGCGUUUCCAAUCGUCGCGGUCGUCAAGGCGGGUGACGUUAGACAUGAUAUCGGAGGGGCCUGGCGAAGGGGGAGAAGGGUCGGCGCAGCAGGCAGGUGGAGAGCGGUGAGUGUUUGCUGACUGACUGACUGAAAGGCUGUCGAUUGUGGCUUUAUGGAUCUGUGUGGAUAGCAUACCUUGGUGCACGUCGAGUGUUUCAUUGGAAUGUGUUGCAUGCCGAUGUAGAUACAUACAAUGGGCCCGCGAGAUUGAUCGGAAUGAUCCCCCUAAUGGGGGCCAGCAGGGGGCCGUUCUAACAAGCGAGCUUGCAUGCAUUUCGACGCGCGAAGGCGUAGCGACUCCCGACAGCCCGACGGUAGGAGGGAACUUCAUGGCGUCCGCCGGUGCUGUGGGCUUUGCCGACGCCAUAGGCACUGUGGGGAAGGUGAGCGGUGGUCAAGGUGUCGCCGCAAGUGAGUUUGCAAUGAGUCACGCUUCUACGCGCCCCUCCAUGGAUGUGCCACGCCUUCCACCUGUGCCCGAGGAGGCCGACGCCGACGAAAACCCAAGCAGCCUGACGGCCAUGCCAGUGGAAACCGAUGAGGCUGCAAAGAAUAGCGGUCCCGGCCAGAGGGGGCUGAUGUCAAGGAUCAAGGAGCUGGAGGACAAGUGCAUGUAUAGGACAAUGACCAAUAAACGACGAAACACAUGCACCACCCUACCUGUAUGUCUCUCUCGUUGUAGGUCACUUCUGGAGGAGCGUGCCAGCAUCCACGCCGACUGCCGCGUCAAGAUUGACCAAGGCAAGCAGGCCACUCAGCUGAGAACGCACGCACAGUCAUUCGAUAUAUCAUCCCCUUCCUUCUUGUCGAUCGAACGUCCUUCUGCAGAGGCGGCCAAAUGGCAGGGUGCCUUGAUGGAGUCGGUGGCCGCAAAGCAUCGAGCGGAAGAGCGCCUCAAUGUUAUGGAGGAGGCACUCGCCUUGGCCCACGAGAAGCUGGAGAGGCGGGCGGGCGAGACCGGACCACCAAUGCCAGCAGAGGGACCACAAACUAACGCAGGUGGGAGCCUUAAGGGAGCAGAGCCCGGCUCCUUGGGCACCGUCCCUGGCACACCCGGACCGGUCUGUCUGUCUCACCUCUCUGUCCCUGCAGAGAACGAUCGUCUGCGUUGUCUUGUGCGUGAGCUCAAGUGUGCGCUCGAGGAGAAGGACAUGUAUGUAUGUAUGUAUAUAUGUAUGGCUAUAGACGGGGGGGAUUGCCUGCCUGAUGGCCUGAUGUAUGUUUGUUGGUUUCUGUUUUCAGCCUCAUCUCAAAGCUCAAGGCCGACAAGGACAAGUGAGCAGCAGACAGAGACAGACACAUCAUGCAUGUGAUCCCUCCCUCUUCAUGGCUCUCUCUGCCCUCGUGCGUGUGUGCAGGCUGCUUCGUGUGCGCGUGCAGAUGUCUCACAAGAUGUUCAAGACCGAGACCGAGAAGCAGCAGACACUGCGGGACCUUGCCUAUGCAAAGCAAGCCCUCAACUUCGCAGCAAAAAAGGUACUUGUGUGUACUCACACACAACACACUGGACGGCACAAACAAACCACUUUCUCCCACUGUCAGGGUCGAGAGUAUCAGGAGAAGCUCAAGGACGUCAUAGGCCUCGUCAAGGCAACCACCACCCCAGAGCUCACCACUUGUCCCCAGCAGCCGUCCGCCCUUGCCAGCCAGAAGACACCACGCCGCUCAGUGACCGCAGACUCACUGCCCAGCACACUCAAGCUUACGGACCGAAAGACGAGCAAGACGAACAUACACCAAGAGCUGAUUGCUACACGCCCAGGAGUCGACACGUCCCAUCUCGACAGCAUACAUCUUGAGGGUCAUGCCGAUGCCGAUGCGCCAUUCUUCUUCCCCGCGCCCCGGCUCCGUCUCUCAGGCAGUGUCCGGCGGGAGGACAUGCCACAGACCAUCACCCAAAUGAACGGCAAGGCCGCCUCGCCGCGCGAUGAUGAGGCGGCGGAUGACGAGACGGCAUUCCAGUCGUCGGCUGCCGCUGAUGCUGACGACCAGGGAGAGGGAGACAUGGACAACGACAGCCAUGAGCAGGACGAGCAAGGGAAGGGGCCAGAAGAGGCGGAGGGCAAGGACGGCCCUGCACUCUCGCCGCUGGAGAGCCGGUGCUCGUCGAGACAAAAUCUACCCAAUGUGCCGCCGUCGGCCAGCAAACGAAGCAGGAGCGUCUGCCCAAUGCCGGUUGCCAUCACCAAGGCAGCAACCUCUUUCCUGCAACCGACAGCAGCAGCGUCAGCAGCCGUGCGCCGGUCUGUCUCGUGCGCCCCAGUGUGUAUCAGCUCACCCGCGGCCUCACCCCGGACACCGCUCUGCUACUACGUCCCACAAACAGCCAACAAAGUGUGGGCCAAGUCUGUCCACCACCUGCCGAGGGCGGUGCCUGUAUGUCGGCUGGCCUCCGCCCCGUGCACUCCCCGGCUGCAGGUGUAUCCGCGAAUGCCCCUGCCGCCAGCACAAGCGGGACAGAGAAGCCUGUCUGCCCACCCCGCCCUCCGCAGCGUAUUCUGCCUGACCUCCCCACGGCCCCCUGUCGGCCACACACACAGGGCGAUCCCAAGAGGCCUGGCAUUGUGUGUGUCGCCGCGUGCGCGGCUAGUCCAGCCUGUGAGUGGUGUGGGCGUGGGUGUGGGUGGUGGUGGUGGUGUGCGGGCCCACUCGCCCAUGGUGCAGGCGCCGGGCAGGGCAGUGAGUGCAAGUGAGGAAUCGGACAGGGGCCGGUGGUCACGGCAUGUGUGAAUGAAUCUCUAGGCGAUGGAUGGUAGUGAUGAUGCCGACGAGACCGAGAGAUAUAUAGAGGAUGUGUGGGGGUGCUGCCUGGGGGUGCACCCACGACUCGACUCAGUCAACUGAGUGUGUCCAUCGUCAUCGGUUCUGUCGUGGUGUUGCUAUCUAUAUCAAGCAAGUGUCGAGGUGUCUGUCAUCCAGCCAGUCUGUCACACCCACACCCAUGAAAUGAA